GCCCACAUGAACCCACGACGAAAGGCGCUUUGCCAGCAAGUCGUCCCAACCAAGUGACGCCUCGCUGACAAGCUUCGAAACCUCUUGGAGGAAUGUAACGUCAACGAAAGGUGACGUCACAAUUGAUUCCACGUGACGUUGGAAGAUCACCGGUCACGUGACGUUGGUGUUUUGCUACAAGCUCCGCUGUUGGGAAAAGUGAGAAUCUUUUGAUAGUUGUUGUCCGUCUUUGAAAACCAAUUAAGUCUGGCACGACAGCUGCUUUCGGCACAAAGUUUCAAGGCGUACCCUGCUUGCAGUACCGCCAAAUGGCCUCUAAGCGUAUCCCUCAGCCCACUUUUCAAAGGAUUGCGCUCACAGUUUGAUGUGAUGUUCUCGACGAGCCACUACGCAGAACGUUCCUCGAGCAGAUCCUACAAUCAGUGUUGUUUCGCUCACUAGAUUGGGGGCCGAGCGGAAUGCGUACUUUGACACAACCACGUCUACACUGUCGACAAUUCCAUCGCGUCAUGUGCGCUGCUGCGUAGCCCCACUUUCGUGCCCAGGGUGGGCGACCGCAGCAUCCGGACCGCAGGACCGGUGCAGCGCCAGAGGAGGCGUGGACACAGGACAAAGAGUUGGAGCAACGAUGGUCGUCCGGGGCCUAUGGAUGUGCACGCCCCGGGUUGGAAAACGAGGGAGCCGCUCCGGUCUCCUGUCUUGCCUUUGCGCGACAACCGUUAGCGCCGCUGUUUGCGCGUUGCUCUUCAUGGACCUCGUCGAGUACUGGAUCACGACCUUGGGCAUGAGCGCUGUGUCGGAGCCCCACACAGUUAUCUUCCCCCCGCAGAGCGUGCCUCCCACUCGACCCGAGGAGUUCCUACUCAUGCCCAGUCCACUAGUAUGCCAGCGAGCCAAGCCCUAUCUCAUUAGCAUGGUUACCUCAGCCCCUGCUCACCACAGGGCACGUCAGGCCAUCAGGGACACUUGGGGUGGAGAAACCGAAGUAAGGGGCUUGAGGGUCAUGACCCUUUUCAUGCUGGGUGUGGCAUCUGACCCAGGACUGACUAAACUGCUCAUAGAGGAGGCCAGGGAGCAAGGGGACCUGGUUCAGGCACGGUUCCUGGACACCUAUUCCAAUCUGACCCUGAAGACUGUAGCUAUGCAGAGCUGGGUGCGCCGCUUCUGCCCCCAGGCUCACUUUGUGGCCAAGGUGGAUGACGAUGUCCUGUUCAAUCCCAGCGCACUCCUUCACCUGCUCAACAAGAGUCGCAGCCCAUACGAACAGGCAGACUUGUAUCUGGGCAGGGUGCAUCUCCACGUGGCCCCGAACCGGAACCAGGAAAGCAAGCAUUACCUGCCAAAGGAGGCCUACUCACCCUCUGUUUUUCCAGACUAUUGCAGUGGUUCAGCCUAUGUUAUGUCCCGCUCUGCACUGCUCAAAAUAUCCUUGGCUGCCUCUCCGUUAACUCUAUCCACAGUUCAUCCCCCCGAGGAUGUGUUUGUGGGUCUGUGCGCCCGUGCAGCCGGCAUAGCACCCACGCACUCGCCCCUGUUCUCUGGUGGUCCUCCUGUGCCUUAUUGGCGCUGCUGUUAUCAAGCCAUGGUGUCGGUGCACCGCAUCUCACCCAAAGAUAUGUUGCGAUACUGGACUGACAUCCACUCAUCUGGGCAGUGCCCUUGGCUGAGAAUGCGAACGUCACUGUCGAUGUGCAAAGUCGGCGCCCUGCUGGGCUCGGCUCUCGGCCUCCAGGAGGAGCCGUGAGUGGGACUUAACUUGUAUUCUGACAGCAUAUAAUUGAGGUGGUGAAAAUAAACGUUUUUUUAGA